AUGACUCAUCCCAAAGACUUUCUGCUUCUGUACGGUACGCAAACAGGUCAAGCCAGAGCCAUCGCCGAACUGUUAAAGCUUAAGUGCGAGGAACAGCAGUUGUAUCCUCGAUUUCAUUGUGUCAGUUCGGUGGGACGGGAAUUUUGUUUGGAAAAAGAAACACUCGCUGUUAUCGUUAUUUCGACCACUGGCGAUGGCGAGUGUCCGGACACAGCACAGAAGUUGUGUCGUUUGUUGAAGAGGCAGCUUGCGUCAGGUUCACUUUCGUCAUUGCGCUUCGCCCUCCUUGGUCUCGGCGACACGAAUCAUAACAUCUUUUGCGGUUGCGCGAAAUUCAUAGAGAAACAACUUCUGGAUCUCGGCGCUGAAAAAUUCUGUCCAACAGGCUUUUGCGAUGACGAACUUGGCUUGGAAAUUGUAGCGGAGCCGUGGAUUGAAGCCGUUGUAGUGAAGUUAAAAGCGCUUCUCGGCAACAGUUUAAAUUCGAAGAUUGUUCCUCCCAAAGUGUACAAUUCUGACACCCCGCUGAAAACCAUGUCUGAUAACGAGUUAGAAAAUGCGCCUGAUAUUUUGGGGAUCCGGACUUUGUCAUGCAGUGUAAAUUUAAAGCCUGAAACUAAAGAUGAUGAUGAAGAAGAUAAAUCCGAGGAGAGGGUGUCCGGCGACGAAGAGGAUGAAGCCGAUGCUGAAUCUGCUGAUGCUGAUCAUUACAAACCGAAUCAAACCUUCUACACCUUCGAAAAGUGCCUGUGUGCCUGGAGCACGCCUUCGUUAGUUCAUUCCGAUGCACUACAAGCUCAGACCGAUUUACACGUGCCUACGUUGGCAGCGGACCGUUCCUUGUUUUCUUGUGCCUUUACUCAUGAAUUUGUGAACGAAGAAGAUUUGCCGUUGCAGAACGGAUGUGAUUUUCCUAGUCAGGCGAGCCCUUUGUUCUAUGCUUCAGUGAUAAGCAGGACGUUGCUGACAGACGCUAAAGCAAGGAAGGAGAAAUACGCUAUAUCACUAGACUUGACUGCUUGCGGCUUUACGUAUGAACCUGGUGAUGCACUCUACUUUCUGUGUCCUAAUCCCGAUGCCGAAGUGAAUUGGCUUUUAUAUAGGCUUAACCUUGGACUACUCAGCUACAAUAAGUUCAAGAUCGAAGCUGCUUCUGACAACCCAUCUUUGAGGAAGAUCCCCAAAUAUCUGCCUUCGGAAGGAAACAUUUUUUACUUGUUCAAGUACUGCUUGAACAUCCGCGUUACGCCAAGUCAGUCGAUGCUGCGAAUGAUGGCUAACGCCUGCGAUGCUGAACACGAAAAACGGCGUCUUCUAGAGCUGAGCAGUGCAGAAGGACGUAACGAAUAUAUCCGUUUUGUCCAAGGUCCCAGUUUGUCUCUACUGGACGUCCUGCACGCUUUUCCUUCGUGCAAUCCGCCGGUUGAAUCUUUGAUCGGUGUGUUACGUUGCUGUAAUGUUUAGAU